CAUGAUAAAUAGUUAAAUACACAGCAGCAGAAGUACAAAACUAUGACUUCUAUCUCUCAGGCAAGAGCAAUGGGGAUAUGGCAAGCAAUAGCUGCAGGUCUACUUCUCCUUCUUCAACUCCUAAUAGCAAGUGCAUCUCCAGAUCUGCAAAACCCUGACUUAGAAAUACCACCAACAAACUCAACAUACCCAUUUCCUGCAUUGGAUUCAACAAUCAAGUAUUUACCACAAUGGUUUUCACAAGGAGAUGUUAGCUAUGUAUUCACAUCAUCACACGGAAACUACAGAUAUUUAGGCAAAAAUGGAAAGAUUACACAAGAAUUCAAGGCAAAUGUAGAAUCAAGUCAUUAUUUACUUACAUUUAGUCUUCAACCAGCUCGAACAAAUUGUGAUAAUACUACUAGUGUCACCAUAUCUGUUCCAGUUAGAUCAGUUGUUGUCUCUUUCUCAAAUAAAUUUGCAGGAGGGAAUCAAAGUAGUCAUUGGCAAACUCAUGGUGUUUAUUUGGGUAUUCAUGGAAAUGGAGAGUUGGUUACUCUUAGUCUUGAAUGCAGUAACACCACCACUGCUUUUACCGACUGUGGUGUGCGUCUGGAGGAUUCGUUCAUUCUCAAGAACAUUCCGAAUCCUAUCAAUAGUUCUGUUCGAUAUGGAGGGCUAGUAAACAACCUACAAAACAACAUGUUGCCGAAUGGUGGAUUUGAAUACGGGCCAGCUUUUCCCAACAAUUCCGUUGGUGGCGUUCUAAUCGAUGCAGAAUCAGAUGCAACUCAAUCACCAUUAAACCAAUGGGAAAUAUUAGGAACAGUGAAAUACAUAACUACAAACCAUAACUAUACAGCUCCAGAAGGAAAGGCUUCAAUCGAGCUCAUUGCAGGAAAAUCAAGUGGGAUACAAACAUCAGUUAAACUAAAAAAAGGUUCCGAGUAUGCCUUGUCAGUUUUCAUUGGUGAACAUAAUGAUGCAUGUGUUGGUGACUUCCAAGUGGGUGUUCAAGCAGGAUCGUCAGUUCAAAAUUUUACUAUACAAAUAAAAGGAGCAGGUACAGGGUUAGAUUCUGGAUGGAAAAUCAAAUCAGAUUCGAACAGGGUCACUCGUAUUAGUAUUCUAAGUUUAGCAACGACGAAAAGUAAAGAUGGCGUUUUGUGUGGUCCUGUUAUUGAUAAAGUUGUUCUCCUUGCUUCAUAUGGCUUGAAAUUGCAAAUUAGUAUUUUGUUUGUUGGUAUUGGGUUUCUUGCAACUCUUGUACAGAUUACGGGAUAGUUAGCAGAUAUAAUGUUAUGAAAGAUAGAGUGACGUUUGAUUGUGAAUAGUGCUUUGUGUUUAGUAUCUCUAGUUUUGGACAUAAUUUGUUUCCUAGAUGAAAUGCCAGUACUACAUUAACCUUACGCAAAAUCUAUCAGUAACAGGCAUUGAUAUUUGCACUAAUUUCCAGUUAUCAAGAACUGAAUGGCUACUCAAUGGGAUGACAUAACAGUGGUGCGUGGUGGUGCUUUCAAACUGCAAUAUUUGCCCAAACAAACCAGAAAAAAAAAAAGGAUAAUGCGGUGAGCGUGGAUCGAACACGCGACCUUCAGAUCUUCAGUCUGAAGAUCUUCCAACUGAGCUAUCCCAACUAAUGAAGAUUUGCGAGUUAGGAAAACCAAGAAGUUGAAGAAGUGGAGCCUCCGACUGACAUGUUUUUAUACUUCAUAGUUCGUAGACUACCACACAUGGUCUGUUUACUUUGGUAUAUAAUUAGUAAUCAAAUGACAAGAGGGGAUUGAUUUCUCUGAAAUGUUUAGUCUGGUUGUCAAACCGUGUACUAUACGCAUUAUUCUUACAUUAGUUUUGUC